AUGGCGAUGGUGGGGCAGCGACCGACGGCUGUGGCGUUGGCUGCGUCUGAAUAUGCCGUCACCACCACUCUACUGGCUGUCGGCGUUGAGUCAUGCAACUGCCAGCCACCGCUGCCGACGCCGCCGCCACCGCCACCGCCACCGUCUUACCGCCUCUCGCUAGCGCAUUGUCAGUUGGCGGCUCGGCUGGCUGUUUUCUGCUCGAACCCCUUCGCCUUCGUCUGUGCUAUUGUUAUCGAUUGGUCGAUAAUCGAUCCGUAUUGA